CGUCGAGAUGUUUUCUCGCGGGCUGGUUGCUUCGGCCUUUCUCCCGGUUGUUUUUUUGUUACUAACUCAUGAAGCCAAAACACAGGAACCUAUGGAUGUGCUUUGGGUUUCUAGCGAGUGUACAGACAGAAAGGGAAAGCCUCAAAUGUGCUAUCCGCCGUUUACAAGCGCUGCUGCUGAUCGCCGUGUAAUAGCAUCAAAUACAUGUGGGGAAAGGUCGAGGCAGAAGUAUUGUAUCCACAUGUCAAAUUCUGGGAUGGCAAGCCGGUGUCAAUACUGCGAUUCUCGAAACCCUUCUGAAAGUCACUUUGCCGAGUAUAUGACAGACAAAAAUCCCCAUAAUUGGUGGCAGUCGGAAACCAUGGCAGAUAAUCCAUUUUUGCACUUUAGAGACUCCGUCAACCUCACCGUAGAUCUUGGAACGAAAUUUCAUGUGAACUAUGUCUAUCUACAAUUUCGAUCUCCGCGGCCACACGCGAUGGUGAUUUACAAACGAUUCGACGAUCAGUCAGACUGGACUCCAUGGGCGUACUUCUCCAGCAACUGUUACACCUACUUCGGGAUACCCUACCAACCGGUACCGACCUUCAGCCGACCGGACGAGGUUAUUUGCCAAGAAGAAUAUUCCACACUGCAACCAUUGUACGGAGGGGAAUUGGUCUUCUCCGUUAUUAAUGGCCGGCCAAACUACGAACGUUUCUUCGAAGACGCUGAACUGCAACGCUGGAGUACAGCGAGUCAGAUAAGAGUAGAACUGAAAAAAAUGCACACAUUUGGCGACGAACGUGGGGCGGAAAAGGACACCUUGCUUACGUACUAUUUCGCUAUUGACAAGUUCACUGUCGGUGGCAGAUGUCUGUGCAACGGCCAUGGGAACGAAUGUCGUCCGAGCACAGGACCAGGACAACCCGAUCGCCUUGUUUGCGUGUGCGCGCCGAGUCACCACACGGCGGGCGAUAAUUGCGAACAGUGUGCACCGGACCAUCGAGAUGUGCCAUGGCAACCAGCGACACCAGAAAACCCGAAUCCUUGUCGCCCCUGCAAGUGCAACGGAAACUCCCAACUCUGCGAAUUUGAUUCGGAUCUCUAUGACCAGACCGGAUCCGGCAGUCGGUGCAUCGGUUGUGGUAACAACACCGAGGGUAUCAACUGUGAACGGUGCAAGACCGGGUACUUCCCUGAUCCAGCCUAUCCAACCGUAUGUCAACCAUGUUCAUGUGAUCCCGUCGGGACUGUUGACAGUCAGGAAGAUUGUGCGACCACCGGACAGUGCAGAUGCAAACCAGGGGUUGGUGGUCCGCGUUGCGAUCGAUGUCUGGAAGAUCACUAUGGUUUUAGUGCUGGAGGAUGCUUACCUUGCAACUGCAGCAUAGUCGGUGGACUGGACAAUCGAGCGGUGUGUGACGCACAAACCGGACAAUGUUUGUGCAAGCAAAAUGUUGGCGGAAAACAGUGUGAGAAAUGUAAACUCGGUCACUAUGGUCUAAUGUCCAAUGAUCCGCUGGGUUGCAAACCAUGCGCGUGUUCAAGCCACUCGUCUGAAUGUGAGUUGGACGUGGCAAAAGUAGCCGAGGCAGCAGGGAAACCAGGUGAGAUCGUGGACCUGGCCACCCUCGUUGAUCCAGCCAAAGUGAUCAUCAACUGCCCACCGGAUUAUCACCCUUGUUUCGCCUGUCUUCAGAAAGGUCAGUGUGAAUGUCAGGACAACACAGGGGGGUUGUUUUGCGAUCGAUGUGCUGACGGGUACUACGGCAGUGCGUUCGCACCCAUUGGUUCGGCCGACGCCUGCAAGCCUUGUCCGUGCCCGAGCGGAACAAAGUGUGAACAAGUACAUUGGCCUGACCAAACUAUAAAGGUAGUCUGUACAGACUGUCCGGAUAACAGAGCAGGUGUCCGAUGCGAACGGUGCGCGGAAAACUACUACGGCGACCCAUCGAAAGGGAUUCCCUGUAAACCCUGUGACUGUUCGGGUAAUGUGGAUCCCCGAGAAUUCGGCAACUGUGACGGAAUUACAGGCGAAUGUCUUAAAUGCAUAUUUGGAACAACUGGUAAACACUGUGAAAAGUGUCUUCCCGGCUACCGGCGUAAUUUCAAACCAGGCACGGAGACCGGAGAAGCUUUGGUGCCCGCACGUGGCUGUAGUCCUUGUCACUGCAAUCCAGUCGGCACACUGGCAAGCUACGGCCAAAGUGGGAUUGGAGUCUGUAAUCCAGAGACUGGCCAGUGUCCAUGCAAGCCUGGUGUCGGGGGACUUCGAUGUGACAAAUGCUAUCCGGGCUUCUACGGAUUUCGUACCGGCGAGGGUUGCAAACCAUGUGACUGCGACUCAAUCGGUGCGAUUGGUGAAGCUUGUGAUGACCACACAGGUAGCUGCUCUUGCCGACCUUACGUGACCGGACGUCAGUGUGAUCAAUGUCUACCUGGCUACUUCAAUCUAACCAGCACUCAUGGUUGUAUGGCUUGUAACUGUCAUCCGUAUGGUGCUGAGGACCGUCAAUGUGACAAGACUGGUCAGUGUAAAUGCAAACCGUUUGCAGUUGGAAAAAAGUGUGAUCAAUGUCAGGAAAACCACUACAAUCUAGAAGUGGGUUGUCUGCCAUGUCCAGCAUGCUACAAUCUGGUUCAGGCACGCGUCUCGAAAUUGUGGGGAAUGCUCGAGUCCGUAUUUGGUCCUUUACGUCCUGACUCAAAGCCCGGUGUUCAAAUUUCUCCUGAUGAUAAAGAUCUCUAUGCUGAAAUGAAGAAGCUCAACGAAACCAUUGUUUCACUCUAUCGUGAUGUUCUUCAAAUCGGAGCUACGACAUCAGUUGUCGAUUCGGACCAACUUACGAAAACCGUGGAGGGACUGGCUCAGGAAGUGGACAAAGUCCGGAAAGAUAUGGACGAAGUUGUAACCAAAUCAUACGCCUGCUCUGAGACUGAGCUGGAUGCCGGGUUGGAGAAGCUUCGCAAGGAAGUAAACACGCGUCUUCCAUCGCUAUUGGAUAAUGAAGUGGUCAAUGUUUUGAAUAAAUUAAGACAGAGUGCUGAGUCAGCCCUUAACGAUCCAGUGUUGACAUCGGAAGCCCGAAUGGCGACUGCAACUGCCGAAAAACUGAAGAAACAUAGCGACCGUCUACACCAGACCGCUCAACAAUACGGAGAGCGAGUGAUCAACGCUACCGAAAGGAUAACUGAAGCGGAGAGAGCCAUAAAGGAAUCAAAGAACAUGGUUCUGAGCAACAAACAAAAGAGUGAAACAUUCACCGCAAAACACAAUGAAUUAACCAAAAACAUUGACGCAACCAAUGAACAGCUAAAGAAAGCUAGUGAUCUGGUGUAUCAAACCAAGUCCAAGAUUGAAAACAUCCCAGAUUUGCGCAAGGAGGUUCGGCUACUCGAGGGGGUGAUGGCUCGCUGGGAAGAGGCAAAGAAUACGUCCAAACAGCUCCAGGCUAAAAUGAAUCAAACCGCCGCAGAACUGGAGAACACGGUGGAUCGAUUCCGCCAAAUGAACCAUCAACUUCGUCAGGCUAUGAAUGAACAGCAGGCCCGGUUCAAAAACGUCGAACCACAGUUCAAACAACUUCAGAUGUUGCUUGAUCGAGUUACCAAAGCGCAAAAUGUCAGCUGGAACGCCGUCCAAAACGCUCGAGACAAGCUUGAGAAGUUGAAAAACUUUGAGGAUCACAUUUCUACAACAAAAAGCCGGGUUCCGGAGGCACUGGCCAAACGCGAAGACUUGAUUAAACGAUUGACAGCUGUCGAGGGGAGUGUGCAAGAUCUCAAAACUCAAGCUGAACAGGAGCUCUUCGUGGCAGCCGCACUAAAGAAUCGUACGGACCAGCUGCAAGCGCUUCUGAACACCUUGGACGAUAAGAUCGAUCAGGCAACAAACCACAGUGAGGCAAACAGAGACCGAUUAAGGGAAAUGCAAAGGCAACAUGACGAACAGAUACUGCCCAAAGUGAAGGAAGCCACACGCGCGGUGGAGGAGUUAGAUGAGCAGGCCACAACUGUCAUAGACGCCGUGACAGUGACCCAAGGAGAAGUGAAGAAAAUGAUGGAGAACGCCGCCGAUAUGUUGCAGCGAAUGAAAAAGUUGAAAGCACAGCUGAGCGGAGAAUCGGCCGUCCCCGUGAAUGGAGAAGAUGCUGCCACUCGAUUCGCCAAAUUGAAGGCAUCUUUUGAAGAAUUACGCAUCACCGAACGGUUAGAGCAAUUGAGAAGAUUGAAUGAGUCGCGAUCGAUUGAAAUAGCUUUUAUGCGCAAAGAGUUGGGUGAAUUCCAAGCCCAUUACAAACAUUUGGUUGUGGUUAAUGGUCUGUUACCGACAAAAGAUCUGAAUUGCUUCUAUUCUGGAAAAGAGAUUGAGGGAGACACCCCUGCAGUUCGGCCAUCACGCACGCAGGAAUCCACGCGGUUCCCACUAUACCGCAUGUCUUUAGGCGCUGCUACGGCCGAGAAGCCUGGCCCACUCGAGGUUGGCCCAGAAUUCGGGAAGCUUGCCUGUCCGGCAUCAAGUCGAGAUCUGACUGUUCAACAAUCUGGACCCAACAGCCAAUCAUGA